CUACCGCCACUAUCAAUUGUUUCCUAUUGGUAUAUGUGUGUAUAUACGACUUAUGCUACUUUAUAAUUAUGUCAACAAAAAUAUUAAGCCAAUUAACGCAUCCACAGCGCGUUAGAUUGCUGUACAAAACUAUUUUAAGACUUCACAGAGGUUUACCAAGAGAACUUCGAUCCUUAGGCGACAACUAUGUGCGCGAUGAAUUCAGGCGGCAUUUGAAAUGCAAUCCGAUGGAAUCGCAACUCUUCAUGACAGAAUGGGCUCGGUAUGCCUCCACUAUUACACAACAACUGGGUCUGCGGGGUAAACCCAAAGGUGAAUUGGGUGAAGAACUACAAUCAGAGGCUGUGGAAAUGUUAAAGGAUGAUCAGGUAGUGCAGCUUUACGAACUUAUGCUGGCCGCUAAGGGACUUAACGGCGAUACAGUAACAGCAGACGAUUUGCGUGAUAGGCAUAAAUAAAAAAGUUAUGUAU